UUCACGCGUUAAAAUAUUUUUCUCACUCUCUAUGCAUUUGGCUUUACAAAGUAUUUAUUGCAGGUAGUAUUGCGAUAUGGAUCGAUCGCUGGCUCAAUUUCUUCCCUUAUAUAUUAAUGUGACAAUGUCGAUAUGCACAUAUUUUUUAACUGUGCGGUUGAUUCCGCGUUUAAAAGAAAGAUUUCUGAAAGCUAACCUUUGCGGCAUUGAUAUGAAUAAAAAGAAUUUCGUCAAAAUCCCGGAGGCAAUGGGUGUCGUUAGUGGUUGUACUUUUUUGAUAACAAUGUUUCUGUUCAUUCCAAUACCAUUUGGCGAUCACAUUUUUAACAAUGUGAAUUUCCCUCAUAACGAGUUUGUGGAGCUGCUGGCUGCGUUACUUUCUAUUUGUUGUAUGAUGCUUUUGGGAUUCGCCGAUGAUGUUUUGGACUUGCAAUGGAGACACAAGCUAAUGCUGCCAACGAUUGCCAGUUUACCACUGCUCAUGGUUUACUAUGUUAAUUUUAAUUCGACUGUGAUAAUUGUUCCAAAGCCUUUUAGAGCUUUCUUUAGUUUGUCCAUCGAUCUGUGGUUAUUCUAUUACGCGUACAUGGGCAUGCUCGCUGUCUUCUGUACAAACGCUAUAAAUAUAUUAGCCGGGGUGAAUGGAUUAGAGGUCGGACAAAGUUUAAUCAUCGCAACGAGCAUACUUAUUUUUAAUUUAAUUGAGCUAUCGGGCGACAUGUGGAAGGCUCACCAGUUAUCCAUGUACUUUAUAAUUCCAUAUAUAGCUGCGUCAUUCGCCCUCUGGAAACACAAUAGGUAUCCAUCGAAGGUUUUUGUCGGAGACACGUUUUGUUACUUGUCAGGAAUGACGUUUGCGGUGGUUGGCAUAAUUGGCCACUUCAGCAAAACGACGCUGCUCUUCUUUAUUCCUCAAAUACUUAAUUUCCUGUACAGUGUGCCCCAGCUCUUCCAUUUUGUGCCCUGUCCCCGUCAUCGACUGCCAAGAUACGAUCCAGAAAUAGAUAAACUAAAUCCUAGUCUAACUGUUUUUCGAAAAAAUGAUUUGAAUAUUUUAGGUAAAUUAAUUAUGAGCAUAUUCAAAGCUUUUAAGAUCGUCCAAUGGCAGGAGGAUAGCGAAGGCGUAGUCACAUGCAACAAUUUAACGAUAUUAAAUUUUGUACUUAUACUAUUCGGACCAUUGAAAGAAUCGACUCUCACCAAGAUAUUAUUAAUAAUUCAGAUUGCAGGUACAAUGUUGGCGUUUGUGAUAAGGUAUCCAUUGGCAUCAAUAUUUUAUGAUGUCUGAAGGAGUACCGUCGUCACUAAAGACAAUUUCUUAAUCGAGUGGUCAUUAUGUAAAAGUUGUAAUGACGAGAUUGAUGGAUUAUCUUGAAGUUAAUAAUUAAUCGUGUAAUUUCACUUUGGAAUAUUUAAUCCAUUUUCUCCAACGAACGUGAAGGAACAAUGUUUUGUGAUGGAAAUGUAUAGAACAGACACUCGAUCAGAUAGAUUUUAAUCAAUUUGUAUA